UCCUGGUAGAAUCUUUUUCUCACUUCUUAUCUUAAAUUAUGAAGGUGACAUUCCUGAACUAGAGCUAUAUUUUGUUAUUAUAAACAAUGAAUAUGGAAAGCAAAUUGAAGAAGAGCUACUUCCUGGAGGAAAAAACCGUCGUGUCACCUGUGAAAAUGUCAUCACAUUCAUUCAUCUUGUUGCCAAUCAUCGUUUGAACUUUCAGCAUAGUUUGUCCCUUGUUUAUCCAAUGUGUCUCCCUACUCCAAUGUUGAUUGAAAACAUGUCCUCCUCAGAUACGACAGCAAAGUUCUCAUUUUUUGAGAGGGAUUCAGCAGCUUAUACAGAAAGAAUGGAUCAACAUGUUCAAUGAGCAUGAAUUCCAGCUUUCAAUAUCAGGUUCACUGGACAGCUUGGAUGUUGAUGACCUACGGACACAUACUACUUAUUCAAGUGGUUAUCAUAGGGAGCAUUAUGUCAUUGAGAUGUUUUGGGAAGUUAUCAAAAGUUUCUCAGUGGAAAACCAAAAGAAAUUUCUGAAGUUUGUAACUGGUUACUCUCGAGGACCACUUCGUAUCCUCAUUAUUCUUAAUUAUUUGUUUUGGUUUCCCUUAAGGGGAUAAGUUGGUUCCUUCUAGAGCUUAAACUAAUUUAUCCUGCUAGCAAAAAUCAUGUGAAAAAGUAACUCAGUAUGAGACAAGGUACAUUUCUGACUAGUACUUUAUU